GCCCUGUUUGGAAGAUGAGAAAGCUGCGACUGCCUAGGUCACGGCCAAGAAGGCCUUAAGAAGCCGGGGCUGCUCUCCGGCCCCCGCGCUGCCCCGAGGCUCCUCAGGCCCCAGCUGCUGGCGGCGCCUCCGGGACUCCCGCGGGGUCUUGGCUCCGCCUCACCGCCCGUCUCUCUGGAAGCACCGCCCCCAGGAGGGCCCCACCACUUCUGCGACGUCCAAUGAGACUUGGCUGGGGGCGGGACGGGACGUCAUUGAGGGCCAAUCUGAUGGGGCCUGGGCGGGGCUGCGGCGGGUGGGAGCCGAGCGGCCGCACCGCGGUCUUCCCAGCCGGGAGAGAGCCCGGCGCGGGCGGCGCGCACGGGCCCCUGCUGUGCGCGCGCGCGCCCCCCGCCCCCCGCCCCCCGCGGAGCCCCUCGGCCCACUCCGCCCGCCGGGUCGUGGCGCCCGUCCCUCCUCUGCUCUCCCGUCGCCGCCCGGACAGGGGCUCCGAGCCGAGCCGAGCCGGGGCAGGGGCGGGAGCCGCGGGACGAGCGCCUGAGGUGCCGUGGAGAAGCCAUGGAGCUGAGCAGCAAGAAGAGACUUCACGCCCUGUCCCUGGCCGAGAAGAUCCAGGUGCUGGAACUCCUGGAUGAGUCCAAGAUGUCCCAGUCGGAGGUGGCCCGGCGCUUCCAAGUCUCCCAGCCCCAGAUCUCGCGCAUCUGCAAGAAUAAGGAGAAGCUGCUGGCCGACUGGUGCAGCGGCACCGCCAACCGGGAGCGCAAGCGCAAGCGGGAGUCCAAGUACAGCGGGCUCGACGAGGCCCUGCUCUGCUGGUACCACAUUGCCCGGGCCAAGGCCUGGGACGUCACGGGGCCCAUGCUGCUCCACAAAGCCAAGGAACUGGCCGGCAUCCUGGGCCAGGAUUUUGUACCCAGCAUCGGCUGGCUGGUCCGCUGGAAGCGCCGGAACAAUGUAGGCUUCGGGGCCCGCCCGGUAGCGGCGGCCGCCUUCCGCCCUGAGCCACCGCCCCCGGGCCCCACGUCCCGGGCGCAGCCCCCUCUUUCUCUUCAAGACUUCUCCCCCGAGGACGUUUUCGGCUGCGCCGAGGUGCCUCUGCUGUACCGGGCCGUGCCCGGCAGGGGGCGCGCCUGCGACCGCGUGCGGGUGCUGCUCUGCGCCAACAGCAGAGGCACCGAGAAGCGGCCGGUGCUGGUCAGCGGGCUCCGGGCCGCGCCCACGUGCUUCUCCGGAGUCAGCAGUGAGGCUCUGCCGGCCUCCUACCACCCUGACCUGGGCACCCCCUGGUGCGAGUGGCUGGCGCAGUUUGACCGGGACAUGGGCCAGCAGGGCCGGCGGGUCACCCUGCUGCUGGCUGCCCGCGUGCUCGAGGAGCUGGCCAGCCUGCCCGGCCUCUGCCACGUGAGGCUCCUGCCCCUGUCGGCCGCCGCCGCCGCCGCCGCGGGCGGCACGCCGGCCCUGCCCGGCUCCGUGGUGCGGGCCUUUAAGACCCACUACCGGCACCGUCUGCUGGGCAAGCUGGCCGCCGUCCAGAGCAAGAGGGCCGGCAUCUCGCUGGCCGAGGCGGGGGCCGGCAUCACGGUGCUCGAUGCUCUGCACAUGGCGGCGGCGGCCUGGGCCAAGGUGCCCCCGCAGCUCAUCGUCAGCAGCUUCGUCCAGGAAGGGCUGGCUCCCUGCAAGAUGCCCCUGUGCCCGGACGAAGCCUCCCAGAUGCCGCCCGUCCCCGGCGGGCUGAGCCUCCAGGAGUUUGCCCGCUUUGUGGACCUGGAGGGCGAGGAGCCCGCGUCCGGAGCGUGCAAAGAGGAGACGGGCGCCGAGGCCGGGCAGGGGGGCCAAGAGGACGGCCUGCAGCCCCUGCCCACCAAAGCCGACGCCCUCCGGGCUCUGGGCACGCUGAGGAGGUGGCUGGAGUGCAACAGCACCUCCCCUGAGCUUUUCGAGAAAUUCUACGCCUGUGAAGAGGAGGUGGAGAGGCUCUGCUGCCUGUGAAGGGCCGCUCGCUGCUCCCGCUCGCCGCUCGCUCGCCCGAGCCUCUCCUCUCCUGUUUCCUAUGGAAACGCCCCCUCGAGGAAGGCAGACGGGAGGCUGGCCUCUUUCCCGUGGAAAUGGAGCUCUUGUGAAAGGUGGAGAAGGGAGACAAGCUGGGAGACCCAGUCUAAGCUCUGAGAGAAAGUUGUCCAAGCCCUGAGAAGAGGGGGCUAAAGAUGGGGUGCGAGCUAGCGCGAGUUUCCGACCCUCUAGGGAGGCUGGGACUCGGGAAGCUGGAAUUGGGGCUUUACACACAGGCCGAUCCCUCGACUUCUGUGUUUGAAACAGUUCUGCUUCUGGAAAUAAAGUUUUUAAUCAGAAAAGAGGUCAGGGUGUUAAUUUCCUGGGAGGAGGGCGAACGCUUUCAACUCAGAUUCUUUAAAUUGGCUGCCGAGGCUUGCCUCAGCGCAGCUGUCUGGGCAGAUGACCAGCAGGACUCCCCUCUUCCAGAAUUCCAGCAGCAAGGGCUCCCAGGGAAUGGGGACUCCUUACCCGCUGACAGUCAGAUCCCGAGUACCGCCCUGGGACAUCCUGUGGCACUAGGACUCCGCUCUCGGGUCGCGGCUGCACGGUGGUGUUAGGAAGGAGGGGGCCCAGGCUAGGGACAGUCCAGAGAAACCGAAAGGAGCCAGAACUUGGAAGAGUCAUUUGUUCAUCUGAUCAUUUCACAGCAUCUCUUCCGCAAGCCUCCUGCGUGCUGAGGUGGCAGACAUGGCGUCCCCGCUGGGCAGGACCUUGCAGACAGUGACAGCCCAGCAUGAUUAAAGGCUGUCACCCAGGCGCGUGCAAAGUGCCGUGGCCCCGCAGAGCCUGGGGAGACUCCUGGCGGGGGUGCGCUUCGAGCUGCAGCUUGAAGGACGGCCGGCAGAGAGGAAAGGACAGUCCAGGUGCAGGG